AUGGCCACCUCUACCACCGCCGGCACGCCCGCCUCGCCCUCGUACCUCAAAACUCCCUCCGAGGAAGAAGUCAGGACUCGCCUUCAGCCGCGCUCCGGAUCGUCGGAUGCGAGUCAGAGACAGUCGUCGUCCUCGGGCGGCGGCGGUUCCGGCGACGUUGCCAGGCUCUCGUUCCCGAACUACACCCUUUUCGAUUAUGUCCAGUUCUUCUCGGCGGGAGGUGCGUGCGCCACCAUCACCCACGGAGGCCUCACUCCGAUCGAUGUCGUCAAGACGCGCCUGCAGCUCGAGCCCAAGGGUUCCAAGUACACGAUGGUCUCGAUGGCGCGCAACAUUGUGGCCACCGAAGGCCCCAGUGGCCUCCUCACUGGGUUCGGCCCCACCGCCGUCGGCUACCUCAUCCAGGGCGGCGCCAAGUUUGCCGGCUACGAAUUCUUCAAGAAAACCUUUAGCGAGAUGGCGGGAUCGCCAGAGGAGGCGGCCAAGUACCGUCAGCUCAUCUUCCUCGGUGGUGCGAGCGCCGCCGAGCUGAUUGCGUCGACGCUGCUGACGCCUCUCGAGGCCGCUCGCAUCCGGCUGGUGUCGCAGCGCGGCUACGCCACCGGACUCGUCUCUGCAGUGACGAGGAUGGCCAAGGAGGAGGGGCUGCGCGGCUUCUACGCCGGGUACGCGCCAAUCCUCUGCAAGCAGAUCCCGUACGCCAUCGGCCAGUUUGUCACCAACGAGUGGGCGCACGGCAUGGUCGACAAGUCGGUGUCCAAGGAGAAGCAGGCGAGCUACGGCAAGGUGGGCGAGGUGGGCAUCAACCUGGGCUGCGGUAUGGUGGCGGGUGUGGCGGCGGCGGUGCUCAGCCACCCCGCCGACACGCUCCUGUCCAAGAUCAACCGCGGCGGCGGAGGCAGCGGCAGUGCCAUGUCCAAGCUCAUUGUGCUGGCCAAGGAGACGGGCCCGGUGGGCAUCUGGGCCGGCCUGGGGACGAGGAUCCUGAUGACGGCGGUGCUGGUGUCGGGCCAGUUUGUCAUCUACGGCCAGCUGGCACCAGCGCCCAAGAAGGUCGACGACUAG